AUGCGUGCAAUGGAUGUAGAGGAUUUUCAAUUUGUUCCAGAAAAGUACAUACUACAACGGUGGAUGAAGUGUGUUAGGUCGUACGAGAGCAUUCGAGUAUCUUACUUCGACCCUCUUGAAUCUAUCAGAUUGGGCAAAGCCAAAGAGCUUUCACAACGGCAUAAUUACUUGUCUGAAUUAGCUAUGUGUAAUGAUGAUGCACUUGGGUUGUACAAGGAGGCUAUGGAUGUUGUGCGGCUAAAAAUGGAGGAUGUAGUCGGAAUACGCAAGACUGGGGAAAAAGGGGACGACCUUAUAUGUUGGUGGGACCCAGAUGCGAGAAAUGUAUUUGGUCGUCGAAGGCUACGUCCACGAGAAUUUGGUGAGAGAGCCAGAUUAAGGGAUGUAGAACCGGUCGUGGACGAGAACAGGAUCAAAACACCGGUUGACAAACGGCAUACUGGUAGGGCAAAGACAAAAAGGAAUGCUCCUUUUGGUGGUAAGGCCGGUGGGAAUUCUAAGAACAAAAAAGUGGUUACUGAAGAGGAAGUUAUUGCUAAUGAGGAACUUAUUUGCAACGCAUUUGGAAAUCUUCCAAGUUACCGUGCUAGGCAACAACACGCGAAUCACGUUGGGGGUACAUAUGCGGAGAACGUCCCACAAAGUUCUAAUGUACAUCCUUCUCAAAGUUCUCAAGCACACCCGUCCCAAUUACAUUUGUCUCAGGAUUAUUCACAGUCAUUUGAAUUUGAUAUUAACGAUUGGCGCACCAGAUUGUGAAUGUUUUGUGUAAAUGUAAUUUAAUUUGAUUUCUUCAAAGAUAUAUUUUCGUUUAAACGGUAUUUUAAGAAUUGAAUUUUUUAAUCCAAUCCUCCCUUUUUGCUAUGUACUUUACGUUAUGUCUAUAUAUGUAAUUGAUGUAACCUCAAUUACUUUGUCAGUGUAAAAAAAAAAAAAUACAAAAUGAGUUGUAUUAGGCGUCGAACCCACAACCAACGGGUAGACAAUAUGGGAAAUGAGGAGGAAAGAGUAACCAUUGUGACAGUGAGGCUAAGCCAGUGCUAUUUGUGGGCAACAAUACUAUUUAUUGUAUACU